GAAUGCUAAUGUUAACUUUUUAAAACAGAGUCCAACUUAAUAAUUAUGGUUAGGCGCCUCUGGUUAUAUAUUCAACCUUAGAAAGAUAAUAUUUGGCAGAAAGAGAGCUGGUUGAGAGGGAUGGAUGGUGCAAUGGACUGGCUCUCUCCACUACGCACCGGAGCCGAAGGGGCGCAUGAUAAGACGAUAAUCAACCGGAUUAUGCUCAAGUUCCGGCCGAUCGCUCCGAAGCCGGUGGACGAAGGUUCAGUUUCCGGCACAAAUCCAGGGGUGAAGAAGUUUGAGGCUGGAACGAAGAGAAAAAGUAGGAGAAAGUACGUUAGGAUUAAGAGGAAUAAUAAGAAGUGCAGUAGCAAGUUGAUUGAUGGUAAAGAAAGAAAAAAAAUGGAGGUUGAAGGAGAGAUUGUAAAUCUAGGGUUACAGUCUCAGAUUGCAACUGGAUCUAUGAAAACUCUUGAUUUUUCGGUGCAGCGGAAACCGAUGUUGAUGAACUUCAAUAAUCCGGAGAAUAGCAGCAAAUACGCUGCCGUUUCUUUGCCGGAUCAGUCAGAUCGGACGUCGGUGGCGCCGCCUGGGAGAGUGGUAGAGUCGUGGGUGACGAUAGACAAAAUGACAAAUAUGUGGGUGGAUGGAGGAGGGUUAGGAGGUUCGGACAUGGAGAAGAUGAAGAGUCUAGAAGUGGACACGUGUCCUAGUCUGAUAUCAGACAGUUUCGAUAAGGUACGUUGGGUGAAUCUCGCUUACCGGAGGAUGGUGGAUCCGCUGGACGAGGAAGAGCCGGCGGCGGAGAUAACGGUGUGGCUGGUGGUUAAGGAUAAAAUCGCCGUACAUUGGCCUGCAUUUGCAUGCACAGUUAGGGUGGUGUACCGACAGCCACGGGGUAAGGAGAAGCACUUCGAAACGAUGCCGUGUGACGUUUGGAAGAUGGAUUUUGGGGGAUUUGCAUGGAGGCUCGAUUCCAAAGCUGCGCUUCGGUUAGGAAGAUGAAGCUGCUUAAUUUCCAAAAUUAAGGAAUUGAUAUUGUUCACUUGUAAAGAAGUUUUCCGUACAUAUGAUGAUGAAGCAUCUUGAGUUGGUAGCGUAAAAAUAGAUAUUCAGUCAUCAACCCUCUACUUCCUAUAUAUUUAUUAUUUACUUUAAAAUUUCUUCAUGUUUGGGAAUUUGUAUAGUACAAAUUUUGUUGUACUGAAAUGGAAAUUUGUGACGUUUGUGUCUAAAUAUUUAUUGAAAUUGUCGAGUUGGAAGAAUUUAAUAAACUA